UCCAUCGAAGUCAACAUUCACAUUCCCCGCUUCAGAAACCUCAUCUCCCCUACCACAAGGAAAGCUCAGGGACGAACUGCAAAAGCCCCAUACGAACAACUCCCAAAAAUGUUAUCGUCUCUAAGACUACCAGCGCUAACCUCCCUCUUCUCUCCCUCCUUCGCCCGCCGCUCCCAGUUGUCUCUGCGGCAGCCCCUCUAUCUCCGUCCGCCUCUAGCCGCGGGGUUCUCCUCCCAGAGCGCGGCUUCGAGCCCACCGGAAACAGAAGACCGGGUGGACAUCAAAAAGAGCAGCCAAUUCCAAGACCGAGCGAACACUGACCGAGUCAUCACGCCUCGGUCUCAGGACUUCAAUGCUUGGUACCUUGAUGUUAUUGCCAAUGCUGAACUUGCUGAUUACGGUCCGGUUCGUGGUACCAUGGUUAUUCGCCCUUACGGUUACGCUAUUUGGGAGGCAAUUCAGGAUUAUUUGAAUGUUAAAUUCAAGGAAACUGGGCACAGUAACAUGUACUUUCCUCAGUUUAUUCCAUACUCAUUUAUAGAGAAAGAAGCUAGCCAUGUUGAGGGAUUUAGUCCAGAAUUAGCUCUUGUUACAAUUGGAGGAGGAAAGGAACUCGAAGAGAAACUUGUGGUACACAUAUGGUUGUGGCAGGUUCGACCUACCAGUGAAACCAUAGUAAAUCAUAUGUUUACACAAUGGAUUCAUAGUUAUCGGGAUCUUCCUCUCAUGAUUAAUCAGUGGGCAAAUGUCACAAGAUGGGAGAUGCGCACGAAACCAUUUGUGAGGACUCUUGAAUUUCUGUGGCAGGAAGGUCACACUGCUCAUGCCACACCAGAAGAGGCAGAAAAAGAGGCACUACAGAUGAUUGAUGUCUAUACAAAGUUUGCUUAUGAGCAAGCUGCAAUACCUGUAAUUGCAGGUCGAAAAUCUAAAGUGGAAACUUUUGCUGGUGCUGAUAAAACAUACACAAUAGAGGCUAUGAUGGGUGAUCGUAAGGCCUUGCAAGCUGGAACCAGCCACAAUCUUGGGCAAAACUUCUCCCGUGCUUUUGGGACUCAGUUCACUGAUGAAAAUGGACAAAGGCAACAUGUGUGGCAAACAUCUUGGGCUAUCAGCACGAGGUUUGUUGGUGGUAUUAUCAUGACCCAUGGAGAUGAUGCUGGCCUGAUGCUUCCUCCAAAAAUUGCACCUAUACAGGUGGUAAUUGUACCAAUUUGGAAGAAGGUUGAUGAAAAAACAGGAGUUCUAAAUGCUGCAUCAUCUGUUGCAGAAAUUCUGAGAACAGUUGGACUUAAAGUUAAACUUGAUGACACAGAUCAGAGGACACCAGGGUGGAAGUUCAAUUUCUGGGAGAUGAAGGGAGUACCUCUGAGGAUUGAAAUUGGUCCCCGUGAUGUUUCAAGUGCGAGUGUCGUCAUAUCUAGAAGAGAUGUUCCUGGGAAGCAAGGGAAAGUUUUUGGAAUAUCUAUGGAACCUUCAAUAUUAGAAGCUUAUGUCAAAGACAGGUUGGAUGAGAUCCAAUCAUCUCUUCUUGAGAAGGCAAUAACUUUUCGUGACAGUAACAUUGUGGAUGUGAGCUCUUAUAAAGAACUCAAGGAAGUAAUAUCCUUGGGCAAAUGGGCUAGGGGUCCUUGGUCAGCUAGUGAUGCAGAGGAAUUAAGAGUUAAAGAAGAAACAGGGGCAACAAUUCGCUGUUUCCCCUUUGAACAGCCCCAGGGGACCAAGACAUGCUUGAUGACAGGCAACCCUGCAAAGGAAGUUGCCAUUUUUGCUAAAUCUUAUUAAGUCUUUGGUACACUUGAUUUUCAAGCUUGCUGACUAUCCAGUUUUGCGGUUAGAUGUCAUAAAUUUUGUCCAGGUUUCUAUGUCCUCUUCCUCACCUGUAUAAACAUGUAUACAUUUUACUGAAACAGCAUAAGGUUUAUGCAUUUUCAAAGCUUUGUAGUGUGGUUAUGCCCUUGCUGCUCCAUUUCGAGA